AUGGGGAAGAGGAACCUCAGUUGAGAAAAUGCCUCUGUAAUAUUGGCUGGAAGAGAGAGAGACCACUGUAUUUAAGAGUGGAGCCCCUGCUAAUUCAACUACACUCCAGAGGAACUGCACACAUCCAAGAAUAUGUGGGCAGUACAAACUGGCCGGGGGGCGGGGAGACAAAAAGUUGGAUGGAUAGGGAACAAUGGGUUUAGAUAUUGAAAGACUUGGAGAAGGGACUGAAUAUGGGCCAAACUCUUAAAGCCUUUUUCACAGUCUCGUGCCUUCUAAGGCCUAGGCUAAUCCGCUUAUUUUGAGGACUUGGAGGAGAGGCUAUAUUGAUGCUGAUUCAUCAUUUCCAAAUAUUUCCUCAGAAACUGGGUAAACUCCAUGGUUUAAGAAUGGGAAGCUCAGCAGGGUGCGACGGCGCAUGCUUGUAAUUCCAGCAUUCAGGGAGGCAGAGGCAGGUGGUUCUCUGUGAGUUCAAAGCCAGCCUGGUCUACAAAUUGAGUCUAGGAUAGCCAAGGCUACACGGAGAAACCCUGUCACUAAAACAAACAAUGGGAAGCUCUCUGCCCUCCUUUCUUCAUUCUCUCAUGCUCCCUGGCCCCAAGUGAGUCAAGCAGAAGUGUUCUACUUCAAUCAGCCAGGAACAGGAAUCACACUGGACAUCUGCUGAACAAACAAGCCUAUUUGGUUUCUGUCUACUUUCCUUUGGGUUAUUUUGCUUCCUUCUCAUUAAUUUUUGUUCUGUGGGAAUAAACAUGCCAUCGGCUUUGUGGGUUUAUUGGAGGAUUAGAUGUAAGGAAUAAUGAUUGCAAGGUAUUGGCAGCGCCUGGUGUAGCCAACCUUAAGUACAUACUGCAGUUGCUUCCUGAGAAACGUUCGUGUGAAACAGAACCUUCUGGAAGAGUUUCCAUGUGGCUGUCACGUAAGCCCUUCUUUCACGGCCCCUUACGGUAAAUGGCUUAUCUUACCUAUGUUCAACAAGUCCUGGUGCCUGGGCGCUUAGUGCCAGUCCUACCUCAGCACCAAUCGUGAAGAGCCACAUGGGCGGGGAGUGUCAGUAUAAAGGAGGCAGGCAGCAGGUCAUGUUCCCACGCUGGGCAAAGGAGGAAGAGGGUCUGGGUUCUUCUCUCAAGUUGCAUGGAGAGUCUGCAGGGUGCAGAGUGACCUGCAAACCUCACUUUACGCAAAGGAUGGUGGGCUGUGACUUGUUGUGGCUGGCUGUGGCCUCCUGCAUUCUGACACUGGUAUCUCCAUCUACAAUACAGCAAGGUUAUGGAAACCCCAGAGAUGUCGGCUCCUACAGGCUGGACUUGGACUGUGGAGCCCCUGGAACUCCAGAGGCUGGCAUCUGUUUCGACCCCUGCCAGAAUUACACAGUCCUGGAUGAUCCCUCCAGAAGCACAGAGAACACGGAGUUAGCAGAAGAAUGUGAUAUUGACCUGCAUGGCUGGUACCGCUUUGUAGGUGACGGAGGAGUGAGGAUGCCAGAGACCUGUGUGGAUGUAAACCGGUGCCACACCUCUGCUCCCAUGUGGCUGAAUGGAGCUCACCCUGUUCUCGGAGAUGGCAUUGUCGGACACACAGCCUGUGCCCACUGGAAUGAAAAUUGUUGCUUCUGGAGUUCUGAGGUCCAGGUGAAGGCCUGUGCAGAUGAGUCGGGAGACUAUCACGUAUAUAGGUUUCAGGGUACCCCUGAAUGCAGCCUGAGAUACUGCACAGACCCCUCCACCACACCACCACCAUCACCAACACCAGGGAAGUGUGAAGUUCCUUGUCGUCCUGAGGAGGAAUGCACGCUCCAGGAUGGCAUCUGGACCUGUGUCUGUAGGCAGGGCCUCAAUGUUUCCGAUAUUCAGGGUUUGCAGCCUCAGCUGGACUGUGGAGCCAAGGAGAUCAAGGUGAAGCUGGACAAGUGUUUGCUGGGAGGUCUGGGCUUCAACAAAGAGAUCAUUGCCUACCUGAAUGACAGGAACUGCAGCGGGAUCAUGCAAAAUGAGCCCAACAACUGGGUGUCCAUGACCAGCCCUGUUCUGGCUAGUGAUUGUGGGAACAUUCUGGAGAGCAAUGGGACCCAUGCCAGCUACAGAAACACCCUCUCCUUGGCCACCGAUUUCAUUAUCAGGGACUUCCUCGUCAAUGUCAACUUCCAGUGCACCUACCCACUAGACAUGAAGAUCAGCCUCCAAACUGCACUCCAGCCCAUUGUAAGUUCUCUGAAUAUUGACGUGGAUGGGGCAGGAGAGUUCACCGUCAGGAUGGCCCUCUUCCAAGACCAGGGCUACACACAACCAUAUGAAGGGGCCAAAGUGGUGCUUCCUGUGGAGUCUAUGCUCUAUGUGGGUGCCAUCUUGGAGAGAGGAGAUGCCUCCACAUUUAAGCUAUUGUUGAGGAACUGCUAUGCCACCCCUACAGAAGACAGAAAUGACCCCCUGAAGUACUUCAUGAUCAGAGACAGCUGCCCAAAUCAACAUGAUGCCACCAUCAAUGUGGAGGAGAAUGGGGUGUCCUCAGAAAGCCGAUUCUCAGUACAGAUGUUCAUGUUUGCUGGAAAUUAUGACCUAGUUUUCCUGCACUGUGAAGUUCACCUGUGUGACUCCAGCCGUGAGCAGUGUGAACCACCUUGCUCUACAAGCCGACUCCGCAGUAACGGACCUGCCAUCAACUUAGCCCGGGUUCUAGAUUUAGGACCCAUUACUAAGAGAGCUGCUCAGAUUCUACACGCCUCAAGCGGGACUCCCAAUAUGGCAGAGUUCCCGUUGGCCUGGCCCAUGUUCUUCCUGCCUGUCUUCCUGGCUUGGCUCUUCUGAGAAGCCAGCUGGGCAUCUGGCCUUGAAGCUCAUGUUCUUCCCUCUGGCAAUGGCUCUUAUCCGUCCCUUAGUUGAGCUGGAUUCUUCUGUGUCUCAUGUGAACGUACCUGGUUCAGCGUUAGGAUGGGUUUGGGGAAAGGGAAGAGCAUUAUCCUUUAUGUUGCUCUUUUUCUCAUGCUCAGGAUCUGCCAGCUUGUCCUAUGCCAAUUUCCUCACUCAUUAGUGAGAGCUAGAAAGUGAACCUAAACCUGCUAGGCGCCUCUUUGGUACUGGUAAUUAGUGGAGAUGCAAUGCGUAUCAAUAACUCCUGGGUAGAGGUGUCCUGUUAGUGGGUGGGAGAGGGCAAGUCCAAUGAUUCUUUCUAAAUGUUCUUGUUCUGACAGCUGAUGAAUUGAACACACUGACCCUUGCAUUAAUUCUA